GGGUAAUGAAUUCAGAACAGAUUAUAAAAGUUUGUCCACCGUACAUGCAUUCUUCCCAGAUAUUCCCAUUCUUGCACUCACAGCCACAGCACCUCCCCACCUGUUGAACGACCUAAAAAAUAGCAUGAAAUUGGACAGCUCCUGUAAAGUUGUAACAGCUAACCCAAAUCGAAAGAAUAUAUUUCUUGCAAAGAAGAUGCGAAUUAGCAAUCACCAUAUAUAUGAAAGCGACAGUGAUAUCCUUCUACCUAUUGCUAAUGAAUUUUCUGAUACACUCGAAAAGUAUCCCAUGACAGUAAUAUACAUGAAGUUAAAGUACUGUGGUUACGCAUUUGGGUUGUUUGAAAGAGUGUUAAAGGAGAAACAGUAUGUGGGGGAAACUAAUGAUGCAAGGUUAUUUGCACAGUUUCAUGUGCCCCAAACAAAUGAAAUGAAGAAGAGUAUCAUAUCAGAAAUUAAGAAACGAAACUCACGAAUAAAAUUUAUAUUUGCUACGUCUGCUCUUGGAAUGGGAGUUGAUGCACCAGAUAUAAUGCAUACUAUACACAUUACACCUCCAAGUAGUAUUGAAUCCUGUGUCCAAGAAAUUGGCUGUGCUGUGGUCGUACAGGUCAAUUGUCAAGUGCUACAUUAUGUUAUAACAACUCGGACAUUAGAUAACCUGAAACAUACAGAUAAAUCUAUGAAAGAAUACUGCCAAUCGCAAGAGACUUGCCUUCAACAACUCCUCCUGAAUUACUUGGGAUUUCCAUGUGUUAAGCAAGAGAGAUGCUGUUGUGUUUGUGAAGAAUCCAAUCCAAGUGCUGUCUGCAAUGAACCUAUGGAAAGCAGAGAAAAGGUGAGAUUUUUAACAACUACUAAUACUAUCGUUUUGCAGAAACUUAUUCUAAAGGAAAUCCAUCAACUCGAGGUUGACAACAGCAACAGUACAAAUUUGAUGCUGAUUAAAUCUCCAAUACCAUGUCAAAACAGUCUCAAAAAGAUCAUGGCCGAAAUUGAGUACAUCAGAGUAGAGUCAGAUCUGCUAGGUAUCUGUGGUAUCUGGGAUGAAGAGUGCUUUUCCAAAAUUUUUUCUCUCAUAUCAACAUAUGCCCCUUUGCGUUACAUACAUAAUAUAGUGUCAUGUUUGCAGGCAUUCAAUUUGUUCGCAAAGGGCCAUUAAAACCCAAUUAACCUAUAUCUCACUGCAUGUUUAUUUACUUUAAUAUGGCCCAGCCUUCACGAAAAAAUGGAAUACCCCCAAACAUGGAAUUGCAAAUAGUAAUACCAUAAAAACAGGUGAACUCAGGCCUCAAAAUAAAUUUGGACAUUAUACCGGUCAUUAUAACUGGUGGAUCACUAAAUUUACCAGUCACAGCGGAAUUUAUGCCGGUCAUUGUCACUCCUUCGCUUCUUUUUCCCCUCAUCUUUCGUGUGACUCCUAACUUUGGAAACAAUUGUGUAUUUCAAUUGUAUUUGUAUAUAGUAAAAGUGUGGUGUUUCAUUAAAGCUGUAGUAGUGAUCAUUACUAAUAACAUUAACAUUGUUUACUAGCAAAUUAAUAUAUUAUUAAAGUUGCAAAUGACAUCUGUAAUUUGAGUUGCAAGCAUGCUUUAAGGCUGCAUUUCAGUUACACGUUUUUCAUAUGUACGUGUAAUACGUGCAUGCACGCAGGUAAAAGUUGAAAUCGCUUUACAUCCUACUUGUGAAAUACCUAAAUUUAUAAAAGGACAGCAUUCAGUUUUGUGUAUGAUUUAAUGUGUAUAUGUUAACGUUAUUUGCACUUAUAUGAAAUUUUAAAAGAUUUAAACUUUUCCAUCAAAAUUGGAAAUAAAAAAUCUGUUCCAUUUUGAACAUACUUUUUUAUUAAAAAAUUUACUGGUCAUGCACGCAUGUCCGCCAGGCGCCGAUAUUUGCCGGUCAAACUGUGUUUACCAACCAGUGACCAGCACUUAUUUCGAGGCCUGUGUGAACUAUCUAUUUACAUUUAGUCCAGCUCAAUUCAGGUUAUUUAACAGAAUGUUUGGCCAUCAGGCAUUUCACUAAAAUAGCCCUUACUACAGUAAUUCACAUUUUAUUAUGGUAUUUAAUUAAAUAAGGACAAUGCAUGAUAAUUGAAUGUUUCAGCAAAGAUAAUUUAUCAAUUGAUUAG